GGCGGGGGCGGGCAGCGGAGCCGCCGCGUCUGCGGGAGCCGCCGCCGCCCCGCCGGGCCGCGCCGGGCAGCGCCGGGAAGCGCAGCGGGGAGCGCGCGGGAGCAGCCGGCACCGCCGAGCGCGGCGGCAGCGGGCGGGAGGAGCCGCCGGCACCGGCAGAGCCGCGCCCCGGGCCCCGCCAGCGGCCGCCCCGCCCGGCCCCGGGGGCGGCGGGCCCGGCACGGCCCGGCCAUGCUCGGCCUGGACGUGUGCGAGGCCGGCGGGCAGCUGCUGGAGCUGCUCUGGCUGGCGCUGUGCUACCGAGACAUCAUGGCUGACAAGGAGGGGGUGACGCUAUCGCUGGAGGAGGAGGAGGAGGAUGCCGACGUGGCCCUGGCGUACAAGACGCCGGAGAAGAAGAGCCUGCAGGAGAUCCAGGAGCUGGACCCAGGGGAUGAGAGCCUGCGGAAGUACAAGCAGGCACUGCUGGGUGCCAUCCCUACUGCCGUGGAUCCCAGCGUGCCCAAUGUGCAGGUGACAAAGCUGACACUGAUGUGCGAGCAGGCGCCAGGGCCCAUCACCAUGGACCUGACAGGAGACCUGGAGGAGCUGAGAGGCCAGGCCUUUGUGCUGAAGGAAGGGGUGGACUACAGGGUGAAGGUGUCCUUCAAGGUGAACAGGGAGAUCGUCUGCGGGCUGCGGUGCCUGCACCUCACCUACCGCCGGGGCCGGCCCGUGGAUCGCGACGUGUUCAUGGUGGGCAGCUACGCGCCGCGGGCCGAGGAGUACGAGGUGGUGACGCCGGCAGAGGAGGCGCCGCGGGGAUGGCUGGCACGGGGCUCCUACCGCGUCCGCUCCCUCGUCACCGACGAUGACAAGACGGAGCACCUCUCCUGGGAGUGGGGCCUGUGCAUAAAGAAGGCUUGGGAGGACUGACCCCGCCCCGCACCCCGGCUCCCCCCGCCAGCUCGGGGACGAGGUGCCGCCAUCCCGGGGACCCUCGGCGGCACCGCCGCGCUUGCCCCAGUCGCGUCAAGGGUUGAGGGGGGUCCCUUAGCGAGUGAGAGCCCGUGGUCGUGGUCUUCGCAACCAAAGUUAUUUUUAAUUGCUCUUUUUUUUUAAAUAUCGACGCCCGCCUGGUCCUCACGGCGUCCCCAUCACUGGGGCCGGGGCUGUGACCCUGCCGUGGUGGUGCCGUGUCCGGUACCCGCCCGGUCGCAGGCUGUGCUCUUCCAUCGCCAUUAAACCCUACAGACUGGUCUUA